AGAUGUUACCAACUUGGCACUUGGCAUAUCAUCAAUAUCAACAACAGAAUUAUGUUAGCAAAGAGAACAUUCUCAUAGAAGAGUCACAUACACAAAACCCCUUCGCAUUAAUCCAUUUUAAAGGAAAGGAAUGAAGUGGAAAGGGGAAGAAUCGGCGUUGGGCUUUUCAUCCAUGAUUGAUGCACUCUAAAACAAGAAAAAGAGAAAUCGAUCAAGUGCGAUCGAUUUACUGUGUUUAGUGAACAGACUUCUGUUUGGAUAGCGAUUAUAUUUGAGAAUGGGAAACUUGGCAUGCUGCAUUCCGCAUGCAGAUAGUGAUCACAAUUUUGAUGGGAGCGCAAUUUAUUUGUCUAAGCGUGGGGAAGAAAGCGGCCCCGAUCUUCCACACAUUAGCGAACGCGAAGAUCUAAGCAAUCACCAAGGAACUCUCUUCAUGCAAAGAUCGGUUCGAUUUUCGGGCAAGGGUAAACUGCAGGGAAAGAGAGCUCUUUCAAUGAACGUCGAUUUACGGAGAAAGCAGAAUGGAGAAGUCUACUACAAUCCAAGGCUUUCAAAAAAGUUCAGUUCAUGUUCUACAAUAUUUCUUGACGAUAACACGGUCAGCCAACCAAACUUGAAGUCAAUGGUGAAAUGUGUGUCAGUUGCCAUCUACUUUUUAAUCAAAUACAGGGAUGAAGAUACAAGGACGCUGGAUAUAUUUGAUGAAAAACAACAUCCAUUGACAAAACAAUUUGUGAUGGAUGACUAUGACGAGAUUGAUCCAAGUCAAAGGCAAAUCUACAAAUUUGUUAAAACAUUGUUUCAUGCAGCACAAUUAACUGCAGAAUGUGCAAUAAUUACAUUGAUAUACUUAGAAAGGUUGUUGACAUAUGCUGAGAUUGAUAUAUACCCAGGAAAUUGGAAGCGUAUUGUAUUAGGAGCAAUCUUGCUGUCUUCUAAAGUAUGGGAUGAUCAAGCAGUCUGGAAUGUUGAUUACUGCCAGAUAUUGAAAGACCUAACUGUUGAAGAUGUGAAUGAAUUGGAAAGAUUGUUUUUGGAACUUCUUCAAUUCAACAUCAAUGUUCCAUCGAGUGUUUACGCCAAGUACUAUUUUGACUUGCGAUCUCUGGCAGAAGAGAACGAUUUGGCAUUUCCUCUUGAGCCGCUGAGCAAAGAAAGAGCAAAAAAACUAGAGGCCAUAUCAAGCAUUUGCGACAACAACCUCUCCGACGUUUCGUUAUCAAGCUUAAAAAGAACUUCUAGUGUUGAUGGAUUGACAUCGAAACGUUCCAGUAUGGCUAUAUUAUCAUAACCUAUCCUCGUGCCUCCUCUGUAAUUCCUUCUUAUCCAUAUUCUCAAUUGUGGUGUAUAAGUACAUAAUAUCAUUAAGAUGAAACAAAUCGCCAUUUUUGUCGCAAGUUCACAUCAUUCGUGAAGUUUGGCUUUAUUCAAGUGAAAAGGAAGAUGCACAAGGAAACAGGCAAAAAGCCAAAUGAACACUUGUAGAAAAUACAGGAAUGAUGUACAUAGAUAGGACAAGAUAUUUUUGAAAUAUUGAAUGCAGUAAGAAUUUGUAAAUAUCAAAGUUAAAAAUUUUGAAAACAACUGCAUUAAGAAACCAUAAAAUUGAGAUAAUCAGAUUUCUCGUA